AUGUCAAAUUUAUCUUUUGAUGAGCAAGUCGAUUUUCCUCCAUCACCACACAGUAAUCAAAGUACUGAACUAUUAGAAAAUAACGAUGAAAUAUCCGAAACAGCCCCUUUAAUACCUAUUACAAAGAAGAAAGAUACACCUUUACCGAAAUCUCAAUUAUUUAUAUUACGUCCAAUUCUAUUAUUUGGAUUGUUUGGAAAUGUGAUAGGAAUUACUUUAUUUGGUCUUAGUCGCUCAUUAAUAUGGGCAAUUAUAACUAGAUCAUCUUGUGGUAUAUUAAAUGGAAAUAUUGGUGUGGCAAAAAGUAUGCUUGGUGAAAUUACAGACAAGACUAAUCAAGCUAAAGCGUUUUCUCUAUUUGGAUUUUGGUUAUUCAGUCUUACUGGUUUUAUUGUGGGUUACUUCAAGUUAAUUGAAACUCAUCAUCCAAAUUCUCAACGUCUUGGUUUUAGUGCCGCAAAAUUGGCUUUAACUUUAGCUUGUAUGGGUUGUGUUCAACUCUUCUCUCAAUUUAUUAUUUAUCCAUGGCUUGCUCGUAGAAUUAAUAUUGCCAAAACAUAUCCUUUUAUUUGGUUCUCUUAUAUUCCUAUUUAUUUAUCAUUCCCUACCAUCAAUAAAUUUUAUAUCUUUUUAUAUGAUAAGAAAAUAGAAACUGCUGACACAAUAAUUUGGUAUAUUUUAUUACCCUUUCUAACAAUCAGAUUUUUUCUAAAUGUUUUUUCGUAUACAUCAAGCAUGUUAUUUAUUAAUAAUUCUGCUACUCCGAAUAUAUUGGGUACCGUUAAUGGAAUAGCUCAAGCUUCUGCCUCCUUUGUUCGAACUGUAGGUCCUGCACUGGGUGGCUUCCUUUGGUCUUGGUCAUUAACAAAUAAUUUAAGUUUUCCCUUUGAUAAUUAUUUCGCUUUUGUUGUAUUAUCCAUAAUUUCACUUAUCGGUGGAUAUCAGAGUUCUUUUAUACCCCAUAAUUUGAGUGCCGCGAAUAGUUCAGAUAAAUAA